AUGGUUGCAAUCGGAAUAGAUCUAGGUACAACGCACUCGUGCGUAGCGUUAUGGAAAGAUAAUCACGUCGAAGUGAUAGUGAACGAGCAAGGUAACCGGACUACGCCGUCCUUCGUCGCCUUUACACCUCGCGAGCGCUUGAUCGGCGAGCCCGCCAAAAACCAAGCGGCACUGAACCCGACAAACACCAUUUUUGCGGCCAAACGCCUCAUCGGGCGACGUUACGACGACGUCGGCCUGCAAAUGGACUUACGCCACUACCCAUUCAAAGUUGCCAACGAGAACGGUAAGCCAAAAAUUCUUGUACAGUAUAAGGGGAAAGCGCGGUCGUUUUCCGCGGAGGAAAUCAGUUCUAUGGUACUUUACAGGAUGAAGGAGUUCGCUGAGGCGUAUGUAGGUAAAGUCGAUAAAGCCGUUAUCACGGUGCCCGCAUACUUCACAGACGCCCAGCGACAGGCCACUAGGUUAGCCGGCAAUGUCGCCGGAUUAGAUGUAGUUAGGAUCAUUAACGAGCCGACGGCAGCCGCGCUUGCUUAUGGUUACGAUAAAAAGUUCAGUGGCGAAAGGAAUAUCCUAGUAUACGAUUUGGGGGGUGGUACCUUUGACGUUUCAGUAGUUUGUAUAGGUGAUAAUUCUGUCUAUGAGGUUAAAUCAACCGCUGGUAACUCCCGGUUGGGCGGCGAAGACUUCGACAAUCGUUUGGUCGCUUACUUUGCUGAGGAUUUUAGGAAGCGCUUUGGUAAAGAGGUGUUAAGGAACAGCAAAUGCUUGCGGCGGUUGAAGUCUGCAGCUGAAAGAGUCAAGUUAUAUCUAAGCUCAGCUGUUGAAGCCACUGUUAACAUAGAGUCUUUAUACGAAGGCAUUGAUUAUAGCCACUCCAUUUCGAGAGCUCUCUUUGAAGAGUUAUGCUCAGAUCUCUUUCUAGAUACCCUCAAACCAAUAGAGAAAGCCCUUAAGGAUGCUAAAAUGAAUAAAAGCAGCAUUAGUGACAUUAUUUUAGUUGGAGGCAGUACCAGAAUACCAAAGAUACGAUCUAUGCUUAAAGAAUUCUUUGAUAAAGAUCUCAUCAGUUCUAUUAACCCAGAAGAGGCUAUCGCUUGUGGUGCAGCCAUCCAGGCUGCAAUUGUAACAGGUGAACAAGCAGAAGAUCUCAAAAAUCUGCUGCUAGUUGAUGUAGUGCCAUUGUCCCUCGGUGUAGAAACAGCUAGAGGUAUGAUGUUCAAAGUGAUAGAACGCAACACACCGAUACCUUGCCGCAAAGUAAGAGAAAUCACAACACUAGAAGAUUACCAAAGCUCUAUGACUAUUGAAGUAUUCGAAGGAGAACGGAGCUUGACCAAAGACAAUAAUCUACUAGGAGUAUUUGAAUUGAAAAAUAUCCCUCCAGCGCCUAGAGGUGUGCCUAAAAUCAAUGUCAUAUUUGAUAUAGAUGCUAAUGGUAUUUUAACAGUGUCAGCUGAAGACAGUAGCACAGGUAACAAAGAGCAAAUUACAAUAGCUAACACGCACAGAUUAGACAGAAAUGAGGUCAAUCAAAUGAUAGCAGAUGCUGCUAGGUUUCAAGAUGAGGAUACAGAAAAUAAACGACGUUUGGAGGUUAGAAAUCAGCUAGAGACAUACAUUUAUGGUGUUAAGCAGUCUGUGGUUGAAAAUUUAGAAAGUCUGAGCAGUAGUGAGUGUGCAGCUAUGAUAGGGGAAUGCAAGGAUGCUAUAUCUUGGCUUGAGGAUAAUAUGGAUUGCUUGCGAGAGGAGUAUGAAAGGAAGAUGUCGGAACUACUUCGGAAGUGGUCUAGCACAAUAUGGAAGUUUAAUCAGCGGUGUCGUGGUGCUAAACGACAAAAGAGUGAGAAUGAAUCAAAUGACAAAGAAUCUACAAUCAUAACGGAGGUUGUAGACAAGCAUUGA